UGUGGCCGUGGAUACAGUAUCCAGCUCAAAUGCAGUACAUUUCGUUGCGUCUCUGGCUUUCCUCUUGACGCAUUCUACAUCCUCGUUUAGCCCCAAUACAGCAUAUUCCCCCGGUCCCACAAUGUCAGACUCUGAAGACGACUUCAUGUCCGAUAAAUUCCUCGUCGACGCCCCUCCGCCCGAACCGCUCAACUACUCUGCCCGCCGAGCCAAGGAGUCGCUCAAGUCACAGCGCUCGGGUCAGGCGAAGAACCAGCUAAAGCUGAAAGACUUGGAGGAGCAGCGGAGGAGAGAGGGGCUGGAGACUAGCUUGUUUGAACGGUUUGGGGAUGAUCGGGGGAAGGGUGGGGAUAAGGAGGAGGCGCGGGAGGCGGAGAAGGGAGGAAACAAGGCGAUGGAGAUGAUGAUGAAGAUGGGCUGGAAAGUGGGUCAAGGUUUGGGCAAGAAGCGGUCACCGUCGCCGCCUUUACAUCUUGCGUCUUCCUCCAGAGGCGGCAUAGGAAGCAAACGGCCACGUCUGGACGACGGACAGGAGGAGAACGAAAAUGGGCAUCAAGAGAGUCUGGAGAGAGAACGAGAACGAGAACCCACCCGUCCUCGAAACGAACCAAUCCGAAUCUCACUCUGGGCCCGGCGCAAAGGUCUGUCCGCCCGCUCCCCGUCCCCGCCGCCUCUACCACUCAACACGGCGAACCGGAACCCAGACGCUUUGGAUACUGCGAAAAUGGAGCAGCUCGGGCGGGCGACGGAGGGGUUCAGGGACCGGCAGAGGGUGGAGUGGGCAGAGAAGGAGAGGGAAAGAAAAGGCAAAAAGGCGAGGGAGUUGUUGGUGGAGAUGGAUCGGGAGAAGGGGGUCAAGUUCCAUCCAUUACACGUCCUCCCCCCCGAUCCGCUCGGCACGCUCCCCCGCCCAUUACUUAAACUCAUUUACCCUUCCCAACUGGACCUCUUCUCACCCUCGCCCUCGUUCUCACCCUCCCGACCUUUACCCAAGUUGUCCUCGUUUGGAAAGGAAGAAAACAUCUCUGCUGCGGAGAGAUUGAGAGAGCAGAUGAGGAGAGAUAUGUUGACUGACCUUGAUCUCGGUGCAGACCGCGGAGAAGAAGAGGAAGAAGGGGUGCUAAGAUUUGGUGUGGAAGAGAGUAGGGUUGAGCGGCUCCGGCGAGAAGGAGAAGGAGAGCAACACGAACACAAGGAAGAGGUGGAUUAUAAAGAUGUAGACUGGGAGGAGAUGGUGCCAGGGACAAAGCGGGUACUUUCCAUGGACCCCGCGACGUACCUAACAUUCACAGUCGACCAACUUCGACAUGAACAUCUCUUUUGUUUUUGGUGUGCGUACAAAUACAAGUCGUAUGAAGAGAUGGAGGGGCCUGGAGGAUGUCCGGGAGAGGAGGAAGAUGAUCACUGAGCAUUGGACUAUGAGUCAUUGCAAUGGUGUGGCGCCCUUCACUCUUUUUUUUCUUUUUUUUGGGGGGGUGAUCGAAGCGUAUAUCGGUCAAUGGUUGUAGCAGUACAUGUUAUAGCAUUUUUCCUUAGCAUCAUGGUCGUCUCCCAAUAAUCUCAUGCAGGG